GACGAGAAGUAGAUGAAUGAAAUAAGAACUUUGAGAAGAUCGCAAUAUAUUGGACGCGAAAUUGUAGAGACAUCUACCCAGGGGACGCGCCCGGGUAAGACGCGAAUGUAAGAUGGAGCAGGGAUACCGCUUAUGAGCACUGCCAUUGGUCCUUGGCCGUUUUGUCGUCCUGGUAGCCCGGAAUUGAUAAGCGAAAGUGCUCGAAGGGAUCUCCAAUUCAGAUUCGCAUCAGCAAGCUCUUCCUGGCGGAUUUUAGCGGGUGUUUUGCGAGUUUCGAAGCGUUUGUUGGCUUACACCGCCAUCGGGGCCACCGCGUCGUUUACCGAUGUCAGCCUCCAAACGGGAAAUGACUGGGGUAGCGCGUGGGUACACGCCAGGGUGUCGGCCAAGCGUCUUACACCCUUGCUCGGAGCGACCCCGGAGAUCGCUGGUGUCGCAAACGUGCUAGAUACGCGAUACGACGUCAGGUCCGAACGCGGCGUAUUUGGGGAAGUUUGGAGAAUGGAGGCGUAUAGGGCGCAUAACUAAUGCGCCCGCCUUGCGGCGUUCCCGUACUCAGCCUUACAAACGCCGCUUGAGCCUUGCUGGAUAUUAUAUAAGGCCUUGGGGUCCUGAUGUAUACGCCGCCUGA